AUGACGGGCCGGUUAACUCCAAUUGGUGGUGCAUCAUCAGACACUGAAUUUAGUAGAAAUAUAAGUGUUGAUGAAGAAUUAUCUGAAAAAAAUAUGUUAAUUGAAGAACAUGAAAAAUUAAGCACAUCACUUGCAGCAUUGACUCGUCAUUUUGCUCAUGUUCAGCUACGUUUACAACAAGUUGUAUCUGCACCAACACCUGAAGAUCGUGAAAAUUUACUUGUUGGAUUACAUGAAUUUGCUUCAAAUGGAAUACCUGAUGUUAUGUGUCAACCAUCAAUGUAUGCAAAUGAUCGUACAAAUCAUGAAGUUGUCGAAGCAGAAAAAUGCCGUGAAAAAGAAUUUAUUAAUGAACUAAAACAAAAAUUAGAUGAGUUAGAACAUUAUGCAGCUGCAUCUGGUUCACUUGAAGGUGCACCAACAUCAGUAACAAUGGAAAAACAACGUGUAUUUAUUGAUCAAUUACGUCAAAAACUUGAUAUACAACUGGACGAUGCGUCUGUUUCAAAAUUAUCUGCAGAAGAAUUAAGAAAACUUGUUGACCAAGCUAUUUAUCAGUUAACUAAUCCGGUGAAAUUAAAAGAAAAUUUAAUUAUUCAAAUGCGUACACAAAUCGGUGAUUUAGAAAAAUUUAUUGAAUUUCUUAAAACUGAUUCUGCUGCUAAUACAGCAGCAACAAAUGCUGCUAUCAUUGAUUCUUCUUCUCAAUCUAAUAAUUCAUCUUUGGUACUUAAAUCAAAAUUAAAACCUACAACAGUAAUUCAACCAUCAAAAAUAUCACAUACAUCAAAUUCUAUUCCAUCUCGUCUACAAUCUGAACAUCAUUCAUCUUCUUUAAUCCAAUCAAUGAAAAAAUUUCUUGUUUUAACUCAACUUUAUACAUUUUUUUUAUUAACAUGUGGAACAGGAUCAAUGAAUAAAAAACCGAAAUAUGCAAUGGCUAAUUUAAAAAAAGAUCUUCUCGCAAAAAAACAUUUUGGCGAUCUUCGAGCUAAACUUGAAAUUGCAAUUGAAAAUGUUCUUACUGCAGUACGAUUAACUAAUUCAUUAGCAAAUAAUGGAUCAAUUAUGACAAGUGAUACUGAAGACGACGAAGAAAAUGAGUUUAGUUCAACUGCAAUUAUGUUAUCUGUUCGACAAGAUCUUAUACCAACACUUCGUGCAUUACUUGAACAUGGUCUUUAUGAAGGAAGUUAUUCCACGAAUGUAUCUGAAUGGGGAUGUUUUGCAACAAAAUCUGUAGGUACUUAUUCAUCAGUGGGUGAAAACAUGCAUGCAUGGAAAUUAUUCUUAAAAUAUUAUGAUUUAAAAAAUGGAAAUGAAUUUAUUAAUAGUCCAGCUCGGAAACUUUCACAAUCUUUUUCAUUAGAUGUUGUUGGUGGAAGAUCAAUUACAACAAAACAAUGUUUAUUAAGUGCUAUUGAUACAGUUGUUAAAUUACAUGAAAACCAUUCAAAACCGAUGGAUAGUUGUUUUAAAUCAUUUAUCUGUCAUGCAUUAAAUGAAAAGAAACUUGUUCCAUUUCUUCGUUUAAUUCUUAAAACUGGACAAUUAGUUGAAUGUUCUUAUCAACAAUGGAGUUAUACGAAACAAACCGAUUUUAAUGAUGCUCUUCAUUCACUUAAUCGUUUAACUUCCAUUGAUUUUCAUCUUCCAAUAAAUAUGUCUGUUCGUCGUUUUAUAAAUAAUCGUGAUCUCAUCGAAUAA